GGCACUUGUGAUGUUGCAGUGAUUAUUUUCAAUUAUUUUACUUGAGAUUGUCCGAGAUGUGGAGUGUUUGAAGAUAAAAUUUGCCCUUGAAUUGGUAUGUUCUGUGCGUUUGGUUGCAAUCAUGCUGUUGUACGCGACAAAUUAGAAGCUCCAUUCGGUUGGAACCGACGUGAAAGCGCGUAAUUGUGUCAUGUUUAACGUUAGUAUGUAUUAGCGACGUUUAAGCCAGCGACCAACCACGAUCAACGUGUGUUACAUUUCGAACAAACAAAAUAGUCUCAUGCCGCGAGAUUGAUAGUCACCGUCAAUAUGGUAUCCUCGUGGUGUUACUUCAUACUUCCGAUGGUCAUGCUGAUCGGCUUGCUCCGUAAAUGCCGAGAGCGCACUUGGGGAAGGUGCAAGAGCACCAGCAAUCUACAAGGCCGGGUGUUCCUUGUGACCGGCGCCAACUCCGGCAUCGGCAAGGAAACGGCGAAGGAACUGGCCAAGCGAAAAGCCACGAUCAUCAUGGCCUGCAGGGAUAUACAGAGCGCGAAGAAUGCCAUAGCAGAGAUACGCAGCAAGAUAUCUACUGGCGAACUGAUUCCUAUGAAGCUGGAUCUUGCAUCUUUCUUAUCGAUCAGAGAAUUUGCCAAUGAAGUGCUAAAGAAAUUUUCUGAAAUUCAUGUAUUGAUCAAUAAUGCAGGGGUAUAUGCACCUCUGAAAGAUCGUGCGUUGACAAAAGAUGGAUUUGAGAUUCAUUUUGGAGUCAAUCAUUUGGGUCACUUUUUGCUCACCAACUUACUUUUGGAUCGUCUGAAGGAAAGUGCUCCUAGCAGAAUAGUGAUAGUGACAUCUAAGCUUUUGGAAUCUGGAGUAAUAGAUUUUUCAAAUUUGAACGGUGAGAAAGGUUUACCAGUAAAAAGCAGAAUGAAUCCUGGCUAUUGUAAUUCAAAACUUGCAAAUGCAUACUUUGCCACUGAGCUUGCAAAACGAACAGAAAAUACCGGCGUUAAUGUUUACAUGGUAUGCCCUGGAUUUACUUACACUGGUUUAUUCAGAAAUGUGAAAAGAAGCUGGUUUCAUUACAUCAUUUUCUCGCCUGUUGCUCUUAUGUUUCUACGCACUGCAAAUCAGGGUGCGCAAACGGUAUUGCAUUGUGCAACUGAACCGUUACUGUCUGAAGAAAGUGGACAUCUGUAUCGCGAUUGUAAACUUUACGUCUCUAAAAAAGAUCUGGACCCCGAAGUAGCACUCCGUCUGUGGGAAGUAAGUGCGAAAUCGACUGGUUUGAAGGAGAUUUUGUAAAAUAGAUGAUUUUAGAACACACGCGCAUAUUGUAUAUGUACAAUUGACAGUAAAACUGCUGUUCUGAUGUAGUGAGGAAUUGCGCAUAUAUAUCGAGAACCUCUUUUCUCAAGCUGAUUGGUUAAAUGGUUGAAAAGAAAAAUUAUGAGACUUUUAAAGGAAAAAGCUCGAUACGCAAUCUUAUUACAUGUGAAUUAGAAAGCACUUUUACUCUUC